AUUCCUUAAAUGACGGGAACAGUCUCUUCUUAGUGUAUGAAUUAAGCAAAUAUUAUGGCAAGCUAAUGGCUGUGAAAGAAAUCAGUUUUCGAGUGAAGCCACAGGAAUGUUUUGGAUUACUCGGCGUAAACGAUGCCGGAAAGAGUACAAUUUUUAGGAUGCUAACGGGAGAAGAAAUGUCUAAUAGUGGUAUAAUGUACUUAAAGCAAGCUGAAAUCCAUUUAAAUAGGUUCAAGUAUCUUUCUGAGAUGGGAUACUGUCCACAAACAGAUCGGAAGA